UGUGCGCAAUGCUGUAUUGCACUGUUGGAGAACUGGAACAACCAAUCUAUCCUGUUUUAUGCCAGUCUCUUUUACCAUCUUCAAAGUGAGAGAUGAAAAGAUUAAGAUGACAGGAAACGUGGCGUAAAAUAACGUCUCAGAAUCCGCUGUCGGUUUGUGUGGUUUCGCUUUAAUAAUUCUGUGUGCGAAGUUUAUUUUUUUUGGACCUCUCCCGUCUUUGCGAACUAUUGGGACCGAUUGGGACCAUAACAGAGGAAGCGGAAAUUAAUUGUCCGCUUGCUUUUCCUAGAGCUGCUCUCGGAGUCGGGAAAAUGAACUGAAACAGGGCGAGAGAGAAAGACGUGUAACAUUUUAGAGUUGCAAAAAUGCCGUAUUUUGAAAUAAGGCCUUUUGUCGCUGCGUAAAGACUUGGAGACGGAGAUUUUCUGCACAUCUGUGUUGUGGAUAACUCCAUGUGGCUGAAAUCUUUAUGUCCAUCUGCCGGUUGACAGCACGCAGUUAAGGAAGAUCUGGCAUUCCAUGGUCAGCUGGAACGAAGACAAAAAUUAGGAGAUUGAGUCAGAUCAGUCAAGCGUGUUAGAAAGACCUUCUGCCUUAAGAGACACUUUCUUCAGGAGCUGUAUAUCUGUCUCGUUUCCACACAGUCUGUGCCAUGGAGGCAAUAGCAAAGUACGAUUUUAAAGCCACUGCGGAUGAUGAAUUAAGUUUCAAACGAGGAGAGAUUUUAAAGGUUUUAAAUGAGGAAUGUGACCAGAACUGGUACAAGGCAGAACUCAAUGGAAAAGAGGGAUUAAUUCCUAAAAAUUACAUUGAAAUGAAGCCACACCCCUGGUUUUAUGGGAAGAUUCCCCGUGCAAAGGCAGAAGAAAUGUUAAAUAAACAGAGACAUGAUGGAGCUUUUCUCAUUAGGGAGAGUGAGAGUGCACCUGGAGACUUCUCGCUCUCUGUCAAAUUUGGGAACGAUGUUCAGCACUUCAAAGUAUUACGGGAUGGAGCAGGGAAAUACUUCUUGUGGGUGGUCAAAUUUAACUCGUUAAACUCCUUAGUGGAUUAUCAUCGGUCCACAUCUGUGUCAAGGAAUCAACCAAUUUUUCUCAGGGACAUUGAACAGGUACCACAGCAUUCCACAUAUGUUCAAGCUCUGUUUGACUUCGACCCUCAAGAGGACGGAGAACUGGGUUUCAGAAGGGGAGAUUUUAUCCAGGUUCUUGACAACUCUGAUCCUAAUUGGUGGAAGGGUACAUGUCACGGACAGACCGGAAUGUUCCCUCGCAAUUAUGUCACACCUGUCAAUCAAAAUAUGUAACAUGAAAAAUGUAAUAUGUAAUAUGAAAAAGAAUCCCCUCAGUUUGUCUGCUUAAAGCACCCGCGGAUUUCCAGCUGGGUUGCCAUGGAAACAGAAACCACAGUGAGAUGGUGAGAAAAGGCUCAAUUGGUGAUGUGAAUACCGACUGGCCGAAAGAGAGAGACUGUGCUGUUUGGAGUAUUUUACAUUUUAAGAAGCACUAUUGGCUGAAUGAGAAGAAUGUUUCAGACUGAUAUUCCAUUUGUGUGCUGUGUAUAACAUCAGCUUUGCAUUUUAUGUAAAUUCAGUGUUAUAUGACAUCAAAUGUACUGAAAAAAUUAUCUGUUUUAUGUAAAGGAAAGUCUUUUGGCAGAGAGGAUCUUAAUGUCAUUCACAUUACAGCACUGAAAUAACUUCAACUUACAGCUUUGCACCACAGUUAAUUUUAAAACUCUAAAAUAAACUCCAUGUUAUGUUUUA